ACGCCACACCCCUUUCAGUCUAUCUCCUGCCCUCUGAGCGCUUGUUUUGCAGGUCCCCUCUUGAUCCUGCAGCCUAUUCUAAAAGGGCAGGAGAAGUCUGCUUCCUCUUUUGCACCAGACCUGAGUUGGGUCACUGUGGUAGGGAGUCGCGUCUCUGGUCUCUUAGUCGGUGGUACCUCAAUGGUCUUGGAGCUAUCCCAAUAAACCCAAGUCUAACCAGAUAUCCUCAAGUUCUCUGCACUCGCAUCAAAGUUCUUCAGCGUUGUUCCCUCGGCUUCUUCUUCACCCAACGUCCAAGUUUCCCUUUCGCCUUUCGAGGAACGCUUCCAUGGAUCAGCCAAAGUACCGCAUGRCGGGCGUACAGAACAAGCUGGAGGUGCUGGGGGUGGAGGACGAUGCGGGCAAUCCCAUCAGCGCCCUGACCAUCCUGUCGCUGCUGGAGCGUGUGGCAGGCAUCAUCGACAAYGUCCAGGCUGGCCAGCAGCGCAUGGAGGAGCAGCAGCUGGACCUGGAGACCAACAUCAAGACCAUCCAGGGUGACGUCCUGAAGCUAGCCAAAGASCACACCACCACCAGUGGCACCGUGGAGAAGCUGCUCCAGAAGACGCGCAAGGUCAGCUCCAAUGUCAAGGAGGUGCGCGCGCGCGUGGAGAAGCAGAACGUGCGCGUCAAGAAGGUGGAGACCACACAGGAGGAGCUGCUGACCCGAAACAAGUUCCGUGUCAUCAUUUAUCAGGGGGAACAUGAGAUCCCUUCGGUGGCCGUGACAAAGACCCCAAAAGGAGCUGUUGGUAUGGAGGGGUUGGUGAUCGAGCCAGACACCUACGAUGUCCCCGAGGACAUCUCCUCAGACGAGGAAUACAUGACAGUGGACGAGACUGAAGGAGGCUCCAGAACCGCCCGCUUGAAGGCGUCAGGCAUGAAGGGCAUUGAAAGCAUCAAGCAGGCCUUCUCCAAGGAGACCAUGACCAAGACCAAGGACAACUUGGGCACCAAGUUCCACAACAUGGGAGAUAAAAUGGUGCCCCCCGAAAGACGGGAAAAGAUGCACCAGGCCAGCGAGCGCAUCAAGCACUCUGGCGAGAGGCUGAAGGAGAACAUCGCCAAGAAGGCCCCCACCAAGGAGUCCUUCCGCAUCAAGCUGAAGAAGGAGAGGACCGUGGCCGAGGGCCAGGAGGGAGCUGAGGCUGAUGGGGAGGUCGAUGAGGCGGUGACCCCAGUCAAGGGAAGAAAAAGCCCGGAAGUCAGUAAAACCCCGGUAGUAACCUACACGGAGGUUGUAACGGAAAGGGAAACCAAGAGGGAGGGUCCCGUGGAGGAGCCGGCCGCCAUCCGGAUAGGGGAGGUAGGGAAAUUCACUGUGGAGGCAGUGGAAGAGGGCAAGGAGGACGAAUACGACAGGAAGUAGAUCUCCAGCAUGUUGCCGCAACACAACGAGAAGUCACCAAAAUAGGAAGUGAAGCCGGGUAGGAAGAGARCUUGCGAUGUCUUGCAAGAGAGAUGGUCUGUGACGAAUCAACAUCGACGACAGACAAUUUACAUUAUCAAUCCGUUUAAAAAUCAAAGAGAUACUUCUGUUGGAUAUACAGUACCAGCCAAAAGUUUGGACACACCUAUUCAUUCAAGGGUUUUUCUUUAUUUUGACAAUUUUCUACA